ACCCAAAUCACCGCUGAUCUACAACUGUACCUCAGGUGGCCUCAACCCAUUUCGCUGGGGAGAGUUGGAAAUUCAUGUGAGAAGUGCAUUUGAAAACAAUCCAUUGGAGAAACCCUUCAGAUUACCUAAAGCCACCCUAACCUCGAGCUACUUGGCCCAUCAGUAUUGGACGUUUGUUUGUCACACAACCCCUGCUUUUCUCUGUGACCUGUAUCUGCGGCUGACUGGAAAGAAGCCACGGAUGAUGAAGCUUUUCAAUCGCUUGGACAAAACCAUGAGUCUUCUUGAAUAUUUUACCA